AUGCACCAUAAUACUCUUGACGACGGAGGUGUUUAUCUUGGUGCACUCUACUUUGCGAUAGUUAUGAUUCUUUUCAAUGGCUUCAUGGAGGUCCCUAUGUUGAUUGCCAAGCUUCCUGUUUUUUACAAGCACAGAGACUUGCACUUUUAUCCGUGCUGGGUUUAUACACUUCCUUCUUGGCUUUUGAGUGUUCCAUUGUCGAUUUUUGAGUCUGGUAUAUGGGUGGCAGCUACAUACUACGUGGUUGGGUUUGAUCCCCAAAGUACUAGAUGCCUUCGGCAGUUUUUAUUGUAUUUCUCUAUGCACCAGAUGUCAAUUGCUCUCUUCCGUGUGAUGGCAUCCUUAGGCAGAAAUAUGAUAGUUGCCAAUACUUUUGGAUCUUUUGCAAUGUUGGUUGUGAUGGCUCUCGGAGGAUUUGUCAUUUCAAGAGAUAGCAUUCCACGUUGGUGGAUCUGGGGUUACUGGUUUUCUCCUUUGAUGUAUGCUCAAAAUUCUGCUUCGGUGAAUGAAUUUCUCGGCCAUUCCUGGGAUAAGAAAGCUGGGAACCAGACUAGUUUGUCUUUGGGCCAGACGUUACUACAGGUUCGCAGUUUAUUUCCAGAGGGUUAUUGGUAUUGGAUUGGUGUGGGAGCUUUGCUCGGUUACACAAUUUUGUUCAACGUCUUCUUCACAAGUUUCCUGACUUACCUCAACCCCCUUGGAAACCAGCAAGCCGUCGUUUCUAAGGAGGAGCUCCAAGACAAAGUCAAGAAAAAGGAGAAUGAACAAGCAGUUCUUGAGCUAAGACAAUUUUUACAACAUUCACACUCUUUCACUGGAAAACAAAGUGUAAGACAGAAAGGCAUGGUUCUUCCAUUUGAACCUCUGUCCAUGUCUUUCAGCAACAUCAGUUAUUACGUGGAUGUUCCUAUGGAACUGAAGCAUCACGGUUUAUCAGAAGACAGAUUGCAAUUGUUAGUUAAUGUUACUGGAGCAUUCAGGCCAGGUGUCCUUACUGCUUUAGUUGGUGUAAGUGGAGCUGGAAAAACUACCCUCAUGGAUGUUUUAGCUGGUAGGAAGACAGGGGGACAUAUUCAAGGAACUAUAUAUAUUUCUGGGUACCCCAAAAAGCAAGAAACUUUUGCAAGGGUUUCUGGCUACUGUGAACAAAAUGAUGUUCAUUCUCCAUGUUUGACUGUCCAUGAAUCACUCCUGUUUUCUGCUUGGCUCCGGUUACCUUCAGAUGUUGGCUUAAAAACACAAAGGGCUUUUGUAGAUGAGGUUAUGGAACUUGUCGAACUUACUCCAUUAAGUGGAGCAUUAGUUGGUCUACCAGGGGUUGAUGGGUUGUCAACAGAGCAAAGAAAAAGGCUGACGAUUGCUGUUGAGCUUGUGGCCAAUCCUUCUAUUGUGUUCAUGGACGAACCUACUUCAGGACUGGAUGCUAGGGCUGCUGCCAUUGUAAUGAGAACUGUGAGGAAUAUCGUAGACACUGGGAGGACAAUUGUUUGCACUAUCCAUCAGCCCAGCAUUGAUAUUUUUGAAUCUUUUGACGAGCUUGUGCUCAUGAAACGAGGCGGAGAGCUCAUUUAUGCCGGUCCUUUGGGCAAAAGAUCUUGCAAGCUUAUUCAGUAUUUUCAGGCAGUUCAAGGGGUUCAUAAGAUCAGGCCUGGAUAUAACCCUGCUACUUGGAUUCUGGAGGUCACUUCUCCAGCAGAAGAAAUUCGCCUUGGUUUGGACUUUGCAGAAGUUUAUCGCAGAUCAAAUCUUUCUGAGAGAAAUAAAGACCUGGUUGAAAGAUUAAGCAAACCAAAUAGUGAUUCCAAUGAAUUAAUCUUCCCAAGCAAAUACUCAAGGUCAUUUUUUGCCCAGUUUCUAGCGUGUCUUUGGAAGCAGAACCUGUCUUACUGGAGGAAUCCACAGUACACUGCUGUACGCUUCUUCUACACAGUUAUCAUAUCUUUGAUGUUUGGAACAAUAUGCUGGAGAUUUGGUUCUAAAAGGGAAACCCAGCAGGAUAUUGUUAAUGCUAUGGGAUCCAUGUAUGCAGCAGUCUUAUUUAUUGGAAUCACAAAUGCCACUUCUGUGCAACCUGUGGUUUAUGUUGAGAGGUUUGUCACAUAUCGAGAGAGAGCAGCAGGGAUGUAUUCUGCUCUGCCAUUUGCAUUUGCACAGGUUACGAUUGAAUUCCCCUAUGUGUUUGUACAGUCACUGAUUUACAGCACUAUCUUCUACUUCAUGGCAUCUUUUGAGUGGAGCCCUUGGAAGUUUAUUUGGUACAUAAACUUCAUGUAUUUCACUUUACUAUACUUCACCUUCUUUGGAAUGAUGACGACUGCUGUUACUCCUAAUCAAAAUAUUGCUGCAAUCCUUGCUGCACCGUUCUAUAUGAUGUGGAACCUUUUCAGUGGAUUCAUGAUUCCUCACAUGAGAAUCCCCAUAUGGUGGAGAUGGUAUUACUGGGCAAAUCCAAUAGCCUGGAGUUUGUAUGGCCUUCUCACAUCCCAAUACGGAGACCUGGAUGAUCUGGUAAAGCUUGCUGAUGGCACUCGAUCAGUGCCAAUAAAACAACUGCUUAAAGACCAGUUUGAUUAUAGGCACGAUUUCUUGGGUAUUGCCAGCAUUGUAGUAGUUGGUUUCUGUGUGCUAUACGCAGUGACUUUUGCUUUCGCCAUCAAAUUCUUCAACUUCCAGAGGAGAUGA